AUGGAGUUGAUUGCGGGCUCCUCGCCUCAUCCAAGGAUGGUCAUUGGUGACUUUAAUGCCACUCUAUAUGACCAUGAGAGAAGAGGGCCUGGGAGAUUUGGCAUGGGGGCAGCCAUGGAAUUCUCGGCUAUGGUAGACGCCUCUGCUAUGGUUCAAAUUCCUUCCUCAGGUAGGAAGUUCACUUGGAGCAAUAAUCGGCGAAGGGGUCACGUGUCUGCGGUUCUUGAUAGAACCUUUGUAAAUGAAGACUGGUUGAAGUCUUUUGACGAUUGCAUUCAACAGGUGCUCCCUCAUUUUGCCUCUGACCAUGCCCCAUUAUUGGUUCGCUCUGGUAUAUCACUAAAGCCUAAGAACUGCCCCUUCAGACUAAAUAAUUUCUGGUUGGAUCAUUUGGAUUUUCUAGAUUUGGUCAAUGCUACUUGGAACAUUGAGGUUUUAGGCUCUCCAACUUAUAUUCUAGCUCAGAAGUUGAAAGCCCUGAAACCUAUUAUUAAAUCCUCGUCAAGGAGAGCUUUCCCUCGCCUGGAUCAGGAGGUGGCCAUUUCAAAGUCUUAA